GCAUACCUCGAAAUACUCUCCUCCGCUUCAACGUUCUUCUCCUUUUUUUCCUUUUUUUUUUUUUGAUGCGAGCUAAUACAAAGGACGGUCGUGUUUAGCCUGAGCCCUCCACGGAUGGGAGAGGAGGGGGUUGAAUUCUCUCAAGGACACGGCGGCGGUGACGUCGAAAACUACGACGAGGGCGGAGGGGUGGCGCGCUAUUUUAACCGGCGACCCUGGACGAUCGAUCGGCCACGAAUUAAACGGCGUUGACGUGGCGGAGAAGUAUUCCGUGCCGCUCCGCAUCCGCACGAUUUCGAAUCGCUCGGCCACGCGAGGUCGUCGAACCCUGGGCGUGACUGACUCGCGGCAAACUCGGGGUAACUUCGCCGUGGCCGAACCUCCACUUCGCGCGCCACGAUUGAUCGACCGUUUCCUAUGGGGUUGUGGGCCUCCUAUCUCGCGGAUUUAUCUACCACCGGCCCUUUGUUCCACCCGGACUUCCACUUCGCGUUUGAAAUUCGUGGCGGACCGCGCGCGAUAAACCCAGUGUUUCGUUUCUUGGAAUCGUGCUUGAAAAUGAGUUUUUUUGAGAGAGAGAGAGAGAGAAUUAGGCGAAGAGAAAAAGAAUUUGUUUUGGGAAAGAGGAACGAUUAACCUCGAUUUUUUGGAUUGUAUCGAGGAAAGGGGAUAGAUUUUAUUUUGCGAAUUUUUGUUUUUAAUUAAUUUGAAAAAGGGCGGGAGCGAGCGAAAUGUUCUUUUAAUCCGAAUUAAUUUCUCUUUUUCAUUUCCCUAGACGAUUUUUGCGCAACAUCUUGAUAUUAUUCGUGGAAUCCUCCGAGUCAUUGUUAAUAUUAAUACUUGGACUUGGAUUAAUCAUCGUCUCGUCCCUUUCUUUUUUCAACGAGGUGAUUAAAUCUUUUUCCAUCUCAUUUUUCAAUAUUUUUAUGAAUUUCUGACGAGGAUUAAAUUUCUUUUUUUUUUCGAAUUAUAAAUCAAAAAUUCUUCACUUCUCAACUUAUUCACUAAGUGUAAAAACUGGAUGUAACGAGCAAAGUAAAAAAAAAAUAUAGGGAAUAUGAGGAGGAAAGGAAAAUUCGAAAUUCCCUGAUUCCGCGCAAAUAUAACACGUCCAUGCAAACGCACGAAUAAGAGCAAGCAAAUCCUCUGAAAGGGUAAGGUUACGAGUGUUUUAAAAAUAGGACUGCACGAAGUCCUUUUCCUGAAAUCAGUGUCACUGGGGAACGACUUCACAACUUUGUAAUGCCAUGUUCUAUUCGCAAGAAUGUUGCAUCAACAUCAUUUCCAUUAAAUUUCAGUUUUCGAAAAAAAAAUAUAUUAUUGUUAACUUAACAAUAAACUAUAAAUUGAAACAUCAACAUUUCUUUUCUCGAUAAUUAAAAAUACGUAAUAAAAUAAGAAGCAGAAGAAGAAGAAAAAAAAGAAUCAUAGGAAUUAUAUUAUUCCAUAAAAAGAUCCUCUUUUUUUUAUUUUUUUGGUAACGUUUUUCCUCAGUGAUUGAACAAAGAAAAAAAAGAAAACAGAAAAAUAGUAGUAAAAAAAAGAUGAAAAAGAUACUAACGAUUUUAUUUUAUUCCAGUAAAGUGUUGCACCAGUGUGUCCAUUUCCAUAUCAAAUUUCACUCUUUGAGGAAAAAAUAUACUAUUAGUAAUUUAAAAAUAAAUUAUAAAUCGAAACACCAACGUCGCACAUUUCUUUUCUCGAUAAUUGAAAACACCUAAUAAAAUAGCAGAAGCAGAAGAAGAAGAAUACGAAGAAAAAUACGAAUUAUCAUAAAGAUCCUCUUUCUUCAACGUUUUCCCUCAACGAUUGAACAAAAAAAAAAUAAAUAAAUAAAAAAGAGAGAAAAAAGAAAAAAGAGAGAACAGAGAAAUAAUAAUAUUAAGAAAAGCUGAAGAAGAUACUCGGAAUUUGUCUCGCGUCCGGGAUCCGGCCCAUUACACGCGGCUAAGAAUGCAUCAAAGCGGUCCGCGCCGCCCCUAAAAGCCUGCGGAUCCUGAUUUCUGACCGCCCUCGAAUUCCCCGCAAGCCUUUGGGGACGGCGAGAACGCUUUCAACCCUCUCGCGCGGCCACGCGGAGCCACGCCAGCCCCGGAAGGCGGUUUGUAACGUGGGCGGAAAAGCUGAGAUCAAUAUCAAGCGCGAAUUGGAACGUUACGUGGUGAAAAUCGACCCGUGACCUAGUGUGGACCCGCCCGUACCUAGCGCGCGGCAAGUGGCGCCAUCCGAAACACCGUCUCUCGCCACAAACUUAGCUGUGCAUAAAACCCGAUACACAAAACGUGUGUACGCGCGCGUGACGCGUGGAAUAUUUGCCGACGUUCGAUAGACAAACGGGUUAUCUAAUCUAAUGAUUUAAUCAACAUCAAGAUUUCUUUUUUUUUAAAUUAUCAUCUUACGUUACGAUGUAGCUGCAUAAUGAAGUUUCAGUAAUUUUAAUCUAUUAAUUUAAUUCGAACGUUGGAAAAUUCGGUGAGAAGACAAUUUUCAGAAGGAAGUUUGAAAAUAUAUAUGCAUCUUUUUCUUUUUUUUUUUAAUCAUUACAAGUUAACGAGUUUCCUCGAAAGUAAUUUCGAAUAAAUUAAAAUUUCUGUUUUCCACAAUUUCGUAUAACGUAUAGAUGGUAUAACAGGUGGAUAAAUUAAGAGGCUAUAAGUCGGAGGUUGAAAUUAGGGGAACAGACGCGGAGAGAGUUCUACUAGUGGAAUUGGUAAGUCUCUGGUCAGACAGGGAGGAACGAGAGGAUGCGGGGACGAUUGAUGGGUGGGCGUUUUAUUCGUGUAAACUCGUGGGAUGUAAGGGGUUGGAAUGAAGAGGUUGUAAGCUUUAUUGGAGACAAUAUAAAGAUAUAUGGAAGAUGUUCCGCCUAUAUGGGACGUAAACGAGAUAGCCUUUGUUCUCUUAUCAUCGAAGAUCGUUACGUCGUUAUAAUAAAUAACUUCAUUGUUUUUCCAAUUCUUUUUCCAGUUCUCCUUAUUGGUACUAUACCAUAACAAACAACUAACUAAUUAUUGUUUCCCCGUAAUAUAAUAUAUAAUAUAUCGUACCGUUAUUAUUAUCGUAAAAUAUUCAUAAAAACUAAUAUCAACGUGGCAUAAAAUUCGUGCCUUACGCUUUCCAAUAUGUAACUCGCGAUACAAAUUUUACGAUACCGUAUUCCGUCCAAACAACUCUACGUAAUAUUGGAAACAAUCGAACGAAAGAAUCCGACUAUCCAUCCUGGGGAAGAGCAAGGAGGUAAUAAAAGAAAGAAGAGGGAAACGUAUAAGCUACUUCUUCUUUCGAGGCAGCAUCGGCGGCAAAGGGACUAAGAGGAAGGAUACAACCGUGGACAUAUAUCUCUUCCAUGUCACGAUCAAUUUUAUCCUCGUGCCACCGCCCCAAAUAUUGACCUCCUUCCUUUCCAAAACGAGCAAGUCGUAACGAUGGAUUCGCAUGCGCCAUAUUGUGUAAUGGGUUGCAACUUACGUCCCGGCUGCUUACCUCGCGCACGAGGAAAGUUCCACGUGUGCGCGUCAGUGCGACAUACGCGAUGAGGGAGAAGCCACAGAGGAUUGGUAUUAGAGUGGAGACCUAACAUUAAUUCCGCGCGUGGUAGAUUAGAACUCGCUCGCUACCUUCCCCCUUCCGCCGUAUAUUUUCCCUCGGUUCCUGCGGUAAACACGUGGAUUAUUUUAUCUUUUGGGUAAAUAAAUGGUCCACGUACUUAGAUCAGACGUGGAAGAAUUUUCUUCGUCUUUUCUUUCUCUUUGUUUUUCGACCGAUUUUUAAGGACGGUGACGGAGGUGAUCGUAAAAUCGGGAACACUGUUUUCUUUUUUCUUAAAUUAAAAUUGCAAUGAUUAAAGAGAAAAUUAAAAUGCGUCGAAGAGGUUUUUAGUAUUGGGAAUCUUUCAAUAAUAAAAAUGAAAAAUUCGAAGCGAUGAUAAUAUUUAUUUAUCGUUUAUCAUAUUAUUAUUUAGAUUAACUUCUUGAACAAGUUGAAGUAGUAUUUUGAUUAAUUUUUGAGAAGUAUUUCGUUGCAUAAGUUCUAGUUUCUAAACGAUGAAGACGGAGAGGAAUUUGAAUUAAUUUUAUUUGAGUUGAUUAUUCGAAGAAUAAUUUGUUACGUGGAUUUUUAAUUUGAAUAGAAAAAUAUUUGAGCGUCGAGUUUUUCUUUUUUUCUUUUCUUUUUUUUUUUAAACGAAACAAUCGAUAACUUUACGUAACGGCAGUAAUAUAUACGUUUUUCAAAGUCCAUUAAAUUAAUUCUUUUGAAAGUUUUAAAAUGGAAAAAAAUAGACACAAAGUAUAAGUUAAAUAAAACGAAAUACGAGAACAUCGUGUAAACUCAUUAACGUACAGAACGCGACAGAUGGGAAUAUCAAUUGUAUUUUCAUUAGAGCAUUAAUGAUGCAUGACUGUCUCGAUUAAAAACGAUAUAUCAUAUUCUAAUUAAAUAUUCAUAACGUAAAACAUUUAUAUCAGCUAAUCUCGAUUCUAUUUUCUUCGCGAAAUUUCAAACAUGGCCGAUUAAAAGUUUAACCGGUCCAAUUACGGAAUAGAUGAAAAUUAAGAAAUAGUAAAUUUUAGAAGAUUAUAGUAACAGAAUGUUUAAUUUCCACUAGAAAGAAAAAUUCAAUGGUUUAUGCAAUAAGAAGCUUUCACAACAAAGAAAAUACGGUCAAAGUAGAUUAUGCCAUUCGCGGUCAGACAACGCGUAUCAAGUUCAUCUGUUUGAAAUGAAACUCGCAUCGACAUACUUUCAUUGGACACACCCAACGAAUAAAUAAUAGAUGCACACUCACAAAAAAAAACUGCUCUUCAAGAGUCGCAUUUUUCACGAGUAAAAAAAAAAGACGCUCAGAAGAAGAAAGAGAAAAAUACGAAGAAGGAAAAAAAAUUUAGGUUGUAAAAAGAAAUAAAUCCAACUUAUCCUCUCUCUCGUUCCUCCUUUUGUCUUUUUUAAGCAAUAAACGACUCGUUCCAAUUUUUACGCACGAUCCCUUGACCGACUUUCACUCGAAAAAGGACGUUUUCUAUCGCCAUGAAACAACCUGUGAAACACCGAUCAAGCAUCGUCAAGUCCUGUUUAAUUUUCUUAUUGGGGAGAAACUACUGAAAUUUUCGACGUCUUCCAGAUUCAAUUUAUACUAUUGGAACAUCGUCACCGACUACGGCUCGGUCAAGGUUCCAUUAUCGAUUAUUAUUGUAUCUCUAAUGAACGUUGCACUAUCGUCGUAUUUCACACCGUUUCCAGACUGUCGACACGUAAUUAUGAGGAAAUAUCCAUAUGAAUACAUCGUGCGUUCGACGAAAUAUACGAUAGUGGCUUCAAACUGCGAUAAUAAUCGAGAUUGUUUAAGUAUAAUUCCUCUAAUGGAACAAAAAAUCUCAUAAUAAAUGAUAAGAGAUAAAAUCAACUUCAUAAAGAGCAAUUGAAUCGGAAAAAUUCAAAUCCAAAAUUCGACACAGAUUAAAUUCUCCCAACGAAAUAUUUCCGAAAUGGAAAAUACGGAUCUUAUCUAUUCAAGAAAAAACCACUAGAAAAAAAAAAAAGAAAAAUUAAUUCCACGAAUCAAAAUUCAAGGUUUCCUAUAUACAUAUAUGUAUAUAUAUACAGUCUCGAGUACUCUUUUCGUUUCGACGAAUCAAGCGCACGAAACCUCGACGAGAUUCAAGGAUAUCGGAACCGUGUUUAAAACGAGACACGGACCACCAGGUUGGCAGUCGCAGCCAUUAGAGACGCGCGUACAGCCAUAAAACAGGACGAAAUGCAGGGAGGGCGACUCUCGAUUUCUCGGCGGAACCGGUCGCUGUUUCGAGAAAACAGUCUCCUGAAAAGGGGGCGUAACCCCUCGGAAGAUUUACUUCCGACGGCAAAGUAUACGUGGCGUAAUUUAUCGCGGCCGUGUACACGCGCGCCUCCAUUGAAUAAUAGCGCGGCCAACAGAGCGCGAUGCGGUGGCGCGUUCGCGCGCACCGAGGCCAUACUAAUUCCUUGUAUAAAUAAAGGACUUAUCUCCGACCUGCACACUCGUUCUCUAGACGUUAUGAUAUACUAACCUCAUUAGCAUGAGGCACAGCCAAGAAGUAUGGCUUCAAUAACGAGCGCGGUUUGUUGAGAGGUUGAGAACGAUUUUCGUUCCCCGUUUAUCGAAUAAUUUGUUCGAUCGAGAUUUCGAUAUAUAUGCACAUUCAUUUUUGGGAUUAACGGGAAAUUAAGUAAAAUUCGAUCGAUCGAUUCGAAUCGAUUUAGGAGUCUUUUUAAACUUUUGGUCGAUGAGUUCGUUCGAGCACCACUACUCGGAUUUAAUUUAAUUUAAAAAUUUCAAAUUAAAUAACAUCAAGGUUAUCGAGCGUAUCUUCAACAAUCUGGCAAUCUGUAGGAAGAUCCUGCUAUGUCUAAGAAGAAGAAUGGAAAGAACUCGAGCUAGUUUCCGUGGCGAGAUCAAAACGCGUCUGAAAGACGCGCGAGCGAAUAUGCAAACGAAUUAAUGGCGCGAAACGUUCCCCUUUGAUGUUUAUUCAUCGUGAAACAGGGAUUCACGUUUCGUGAGAUGGCCUCGUAGGGAAACGGAGCAACUCCAAUGAAUGACCAGUGACGAACGGCCUCGUAAAGAAGAUGGAUCGGGGCUGACUGAAAUAGACACGCGGCCAAUUAUCUUCGAGCCCGUUUCAGGUGCGCAUCUCGCGAGAACAAUGAAUCACAACGACCCACGAGGAAUCUAGAACUCCUAUAUCCAGUGAAGACGAUUCUUGCCUCUACUCGGAACUCGAUCUCUUAAAUCCAAGAUAUUAUUCCCAAAAAUCGCUGCACCAGCGUCGUGAUAUCAAAGGGACGAAGGGUAAUUCACCGAAUCUUCUGAAAACAUCCUCGAGGGAUUCCGAUUACUGUUGUUGUUUCACUCGCAGCGAUCACGUCGAGACAAAAUUACGUAAGUGAUUAACCAAGAAAGUAGGUGGAAAAUAUCGUGCGUCGAGUCUUCAAUAUUUUCCAGAUUACAAUCGAAAGAAGCAUGAGGUAACUUUUGCCACGGAGAGGUCUUCAAGCGGGUGCGAGGAUCUUAGCGGGAAAUCUUCGACGAAACUUGGGUAAUUAUCGGAGUAAAAGUUGGGCGUGCAUGCUUUUAAAUCACGCCUAAUGCGAAUCGGUAUAAUCGACACCUAAUGUACACCCUUAACAACAGGAGGGAAAGAAGCACGCCGCGAAUAAUACGAGCGAUCCGCCAACGCAGCAAAAAAUCCGUGGCGGACGAGGAUCGAUCGGAAUCGCCGCGGCCCGGAAACAGCAAGAGCAGCGUUGUCGUUCUCUACCACGAGAGAUCGGUGGUUCCGGCCGCAACAUCCCCCGAGCCACCCCUCAGAGUCACCCACUCGGAAGUGGCGGUUCCGCGCGAGCCGAGUCCAUCGGUGAUCCACACUGCGCGAUCCCCGCGCCAGGAAAGAUUGAAUCAGGACGAAACAUCGGAGGAUCGAUCUCCUAUAUAUCCAGCGGAGCGGAGAAGAGCUACUUUGAGACGACGUCGACGUUUAUCGAAGCGGCAAAGACCGGUGAACGUGCACAUUUAUCAGGACAGCCGCGUGGUGCAGGUCGGCUCUUUGUCGGAGAAUCAUCGUUUCGCGUCGAAGGGGGUGCACCUCCAAGAUCAGAGAUCCGAUUUGGCUAGAUACACGAUCAACACUGCGAAAAAUUUGAUCAGAUCGGAGGACGACACAUCCACUCGACAGGACGACGAUUCGGAUGAUCCCGAACGAGAUAUAAGAACGGGAGAACAGUGGAAACGCGAUAGAGGCUUCUUCGGGGAACGAUGUCGUCCCUCUGAUAAUCCCGCUUCGAAACUAAUGGCUCAUUCCAGUCCAGGACGAGACGGUGAUUGCAGCCAGUGCAAGAGAGAAGCGGUGUGUCCGAACUUGGCCUAUCUAAUGCAGCAGAUACAGUCACGACCGAGGGAACGGGGUGACGAUCGCGCAUUCAUCAGUAUAAACGACGGCGAGAAUUCGAAGCGAGUUUUCCCGUUUCAAUCGACUCCGAGCGGUAACCUGAAGAUCCUCCCGAAUCAGGUGGUGUUCGAAUCGAAGAAGGUGAGCGUGCUGGUCGCCGAUCCGAAGCACACGAAGAUCAACGUGAAGGCCGAGCUAAGUAAAUCGGGGAACGAGCUUGGUGGAUGCGCGUCCGAUUGUUCGACGCAUCCGAAACCGAUCGAUCUUCCGAUAGGUGUAUCGUCGUCGAUGAUCAAUCAGUUGCAAACUCACAAAAGGUUGCCAGCUCUCGAGGACGAGUAUAAAUCCACCAUGCAUCCGUUCAAAGCGAAGAUCGGCCAAAUGGAAACCGCGGAGCAGAAGCAGUCCACGUCGUCGUCGUCCCGUGAGGCAUCGCUGUUGCAGGAAGUGCCGCUCUCCGCACUCGGAUUUACGGGCGAGCAACCAAUCGAUUGGAAUAACAUAAUUCUCCCGGAGAAGACUGACCUGUAUCAGGAGUUGGCAAGGCGUAUCACAAAUUACAAGAACGCCGACUGUAUCGUGCGAAUCGAUCAGGACGAGUUCCAUUGCCACUUGCUCGUGCUUCAGAGCUACAGCACCUUUUUCGACGAGAGGAAUUGCAAGGAGAUCGAUCUCACCGGGAGCGACGUGUCUUCGAGAGCGUUCUCGCUCAUCUACGAUUGGAUGAUCAGUCCACAGAUGGAAAGUUACCGCCUUCUGCAAAGGGACAAUAUUCUGGAAAUGUUCACCGCCUCUCAAUACCUCGGAAUUAAAGAAUUGGAAGAACAAUGCUGGGCUUUCAUCGACAACGACGAAUUGUUCAGCGAGGACACCGCGUUUUUAUUGUACUUGGAGGCGAAGAAAGUUCGUAACACAGCUGUUAUGGAGUUGAUGGUGCCGAGAAUUAUGAAAUUCUUCUUGAUGUUGGUCAGUACCAAAGACUUCCUCGACUUGGCCGUGGACGAACUUUGCCUUUUGUUGAAGUCCAACUACAUUUCGGUCAAUAGCGAGAUGGAGGUUCUCAUGUCCGCCGUACGAUGGCUGAUGCACGACUGGGCGAACAGGAAAGAGAACAUGUUGGAGGUUCUGAAAUGCGUUCGUUUCGGAUUGAUCGCGCCGUGGCAGCUGGUCGAUGUGAAGAGAAAUCCCGAGAAUCCUGAAUUUAUGGAACUCAUGUCUUCGCCCGAUGUUCAAAAAAUGGUCGACGACGGGCUAGCUUUUGUCAUUAUAAAAUAUUGGUACGGCAAUCAAACGGAGGAUUACUAUCACUGGAUCGACUUGUUGGGGCUCACGGAACCGACCAAUCGAAACUGGGCUGGAGAGGACAAGAAUUAUGUGACGUAUCGAGAAUUUUUACUUUAUCUCGAGGAGUAUCAAAAAACGAAACUUACCGAGUUGAAGAAGCGAAGAAAUUAUCAGAAAUCUAUCAAUUCCCCUCGCAACGAUUACACAUUUACGAUGUCCAAAGGACCGAACAACUUUGUCCAGAGUUCAGGGAAAAAUUGUCUAGGCGAUACUGGUGUUAUUCACGGGACAACGAUGCACUCUAGACAUUCGAAACAAAUACCAUCGAAUUAUUUACAAAUGGAGAUGCCAGAGGGCAUGAUGAUACCACCGAAAUUCAUGAACGAAUAUAUAAACAACGUAGAGAAAAGCAAAGGGAACGAGGAGAGGAGCAUCGCCUUCGACGCCAGAUUCACCGGUGGAGGAGAAUCACUCUCUCAGAAGCUGUAUAGGGAACAGUGCCAGCGCGGCGUGAAUUCACCGAACGUCGAUAAAUUGGAUUACGAGAACAGGCGCGAGAAGAACACGGCGGAUGUUUGCCGGUGCCAGCAGCAGCGCGAGUCGAAUUUCAUAUUUUCCGUGAAGAAGCAGCACUCGACGAGACGUAAGUUCCCGAUGGAACUGGAAGAGCGUACAGACUCCGGCAAAUCCGAGGUGGAGGCCGCAACCACGAUACAGGCAGUUUAUAGAGGUUACAAGACUCGGAGGAAGAUCGAUGAAAUAAGAAAAUCAACGUCAGAGGAGAAGCGGAAUGUGAAGAAGGUAGCAGAACUUUUGUCUAUUCCAAUGGACGAAACUUUACGCAAUUCCUCGAUGGAGCCGAUCAGAAUUUCAAGCAGUCCGGUAAAUCAAAUGAGAAACGAGAAGGACGAGAUAGCCAAACUGCACUCGUUGAGCCCAAGAAAUAAAAAUAGAGGACAGUCGAUCCUUCAAAAUCAAAGUAAACGUUGCGUCGAGGAUCAAAUGAAUCAAUACGAAAUGCGUGGUUCUGGUUACACGAUCGAGGAACAACGAAAACAACAAAUUCCUCAAAAUUUAACGGCUCAACGAGAAACGUUGAAGUCUAUCAAGAUGAUAAAAUCGCCUAUGUUUUUCUCGAAAUUCGACGAAAGAACCAGUUCCUUGUCGAACACGGAUACCGACGAUCUCUCCUCCCCGCGAAUCGAAAUAAAAUCGACGGCAACGAAUAUCCAUGAGAAUGUGUCCGGCGAGAAAAACAACGAAAUGAAUUAUCCCGAUGGUGAUAAUAUUCAACGGCUCAAACCCACCAUCAGAAAUGUUCAGAUUCGAGCUACGACGAGCUAUAAACGACCCCUCCCACAAAAAAUCAGCGACAGCAUGAUAGCCACCAACGAUGCCGGUUACUUCUUCGACAAUUCUUUGUUCUUUCCUGACAGAGAAUCGGUCCUCGUGUUCGGUGGCGUCGAUCCCCACGAGGAAUAUGGCCGACCCGGGAAUACCGGCAAGGACAUAUACAGGUUUAAACCUGACCAGAACAUUUGGGAAUUCGUGGGGGAAAUUCCACGAGCGAGGCAUCAUCAUUCGGUCGCUUACUUAAGAGGUCGCAUUUAUAUAGUAGGUGGAGCCGAUCCUUUAGAAGACAAACUUCAUAGGAAAAGCUUCGCGGUUGGAAGCGUUUGGAGUUACGAUCCAACUACCAGGACUUGGUUCAAUGAACCUGGCAUGCUGUCAGCUAGGAAAGACUUCGGAUUGGUGGUCAGCCACGGGAAAAUGUACGCGAUAGGAGGGCAAGGAAGGAACGGGAUAGCUUUGAAAACAGUAGAGGUUUUCGAUCCAUCGGACUCCACGUGGAGAGAAGUGCAAUCGAUGCAGAUCGCCAGGGUGGGACCUGCCACUGUGAAAUAUCGAGAUCUUAUCUGGGUCGCUGGCGGAAUGACAAAAUCGAAGAAGGAGCUAUUCUCAAAAGAAGUGGAGUGCUAUGAUCCGAUCAAAAAUUUGUUAGCUCGAUUCCAUCGUUUAAAGUUCCCUUCAUGCGUUCUCUAUUUCCCAUUACCUGGAUUAAACGCUCGAUAUAUCGAGUAUACAACGGUAAAUGCCGUCGGUAAAAGCUGUUAUCGAUGCGCUCUUUUCAGAUGGCUGAAAGCGAUACCUUUGAGGUCACCGAGGUGCUUUGCCUCCUUCUACGUGAUAUCCGACUGUCUUUACGUGAUCGGCGGAGCAUCGACCACGGAAAACGCCACUCAGAGUAUCGACAGCAUCGAUGUGUGGGAUGGAAACGAUUACGUUUGGAGAGAACACACGAAUAUGUCGAUCGCGAGACACGGACAUUCCACUGGUUCUAUAGGUGAUCAAUUGUUGAUAAUUGGCGGAGUAACCACGGUGUUUAUGAAAACUUUGAAUAGCGUUGAAUGUUAUUGUUGCGAUAUGGGGAAAUGGAUGAAAGGUGUAUCCGCGCUGCCGCAUCCGGUUUCCGGUCAUGGAACCGUGUCUUUACCACCGGCAAAUCUUUUAAUAAAUCGCUGAUAGCUGUGAAAUAAAAAUUGACAUGUUUCUUUAUAUGUUUGUUGCGUUUGAUAAUCAAUGUAUUUGAGUAUUUAUUAUAUCAUUACCAUUUGUAUUUCAUUAUUUCUAAUUAUAUAUCAUAUCACUUUUACGAUUUA